AACCUGGGAGACUGGAACCGAUUUUUGAAUCCAAUAUGGCGGAUGAGAAAACAAAAAUUUCGCCAGCAAAAUUACAAGAUAGUUUUCAGCCUGAAUUAGUGAGUGCCCUUCGGGAAGUCGUAGAGGGAUCUAGUUGGCAACUUAUUGGUCGGGUUUCUGACUUCUCCGGUACACAGUGCACUGUUUUGUACCCCGAUGACCCGUCACACGAAAACGUAGCAGUGUUCUUCGUUGGCAAAAAUGGCGUGUGUGAAGGGGAGAGGAGUUUAUUUGCGAUAGACACAAUAUGCCCGCACGAAGGAGGCCCCCUGGAGCUUGGAGAUAUUGAGGACCUAGAUGGAUAUCCUACUGUAUUUUGUCCCUGGCAUCAUUAUGACUUCAACCUCAAGACAGGAGAGUCUUCCACAGGUCUACAGCAACAAACAUAUGAGGUACAAGUUGUAGGCAGUGAGGUUUAUAUCAACAUAGAUGUUGAACUCUCAAGAAAGCCAAAUUCAGAUCAGGCAUCAGAUGAAACAAAUAUAAGAAAGACUGAAUUAUCCCCUGUAGAUGCCAUUGCUCCAAGACCAUCAUCGGACACACUGUGUAACUGGGCUGUUACCAUUUUGUGUACUCCAGAUCCAGAAAAAAAGGAGAAUGCACACCACCUGACGAGCCGGUCCACACCAAAGACCUGAAGGUUGUUGCUGUUGGAAAAACCAGGAAGCUUGGAAAAGCUGGAAGUCUAGGAUCCCGAGUCAGCCUUCUUCACUCAUUGGCUAAUAUAGAAC